AUUUAAGACUAUCGGAAUAUUUGCUAGUCUGCUCUUCAAUCGUAUUACAAUUGUAAAUCGAUUGUGGUCUAAAUCGGUAUUCUACUCUUAGUUAACGUUUGUUUGACAUUUAUUUCAAUGGACACUCAGUGUCAAUUUUGCAAUUGAAGUACGAUCGUAGUACGAUUAGGCAACAAUCGAUAUUUAGAUUAUUUUGCAAGCCACCACUUGACAAAAUAUAUUGAAAAGAUGCUGCGGUCAUUGUUACGAUGGCGUAUUUUAGCAUUAGCUAAUAGGUACGCAAGAUCGCCGUCGUUACCUUUUGGCUCAGCGCCGUAAAAAGCGGGCCUCGAUAAGGGCAACGGUAUCCGCCGUGGAAGAAUUAAGUAAUACGGAGUUUAUUAAAACAUUCCGCCUUGGAAAAGCGGAAGUGAGGGCCCUAACUCUUAAGCUCACACCUUUGCUACCACGACAACGGAGGAAAGAUGCAAUAACACCCAAUUUAAAGAUACUUAUUGCUCUGGCAUUCUAUGCCACAGGCUCGUACCAGACAGUACCAGACACUUGUUGGCCAGAGUGUGUCUCAGACCACUGUCUCAAGGGCUGUGAGGCAAGUAACUGAAGCACUCAAUAGCAUCCUCCUGCAAUAUGUCAUCUGGCCAAAGGAUGUUCAAGACCGAAAUAAAAUUAAGAGACAGUUCUAUAAAUUUGGGAUUCCCGGAGUAUUAGGCUGCAUAGACGGCACCCACAUAGCCAUCCUGAGACCGGUUGAACAUGAGGAGCGAUUUUUUAAUAGAAAGGGAUACCAUUCCCUUAAUGUUAUGAUUAUUUGUGAUGCUGAACUAAACAUUUUGUAUGUGGAUGCAAGCAGUCCCGGGUCAGCCCAUGACUCUAGUGUAUGGCAGAGUAGUCCUAUUUGGAAUCACAUGAGAGAGUUAUGUAAUGCUGGAGAACAUGUAUUUUUAUUGGGUGAUAGUGGAUAUCCUUUACGGACUAAUAUGAUGACCCCAAUAUUGAAUACAGUAGAGGGCACUCCUGAACAUCACUUUUACCAGCUCCAUGUCACUGCCCGUAAUACGGUAGAACGCUGCAUUGGAGUACUAAAAGCUCGGUUCAGAUGCCUGCUAGCUGCGAGGGCCCUGCACUACGAUCCAAUUACUGCUGGAAAAAUAGUGAAUGCUUGCUGUGUGUUGCAUAAUAUUGCAAAUAAAAAUAGACUACCUGUUCCACAUCUCACACCUGAAGAAGCCUUUGCAGAGAGGCAAAGGCAGCAUCAAAUUGAAAGAGAAAUUAGUGUAGCAUCAGCACAGGGACUGGAACUGGAACCUAACCACCGUGUUAACCCUGAUCUCCAUCGAGGAAGACUGUUACAAAGAGCACUAGUUGAGAGAUUGUGGAGGGAUCAUACUAAUAAUUAAUGUUUAAUAAAAAAAAAGUUGUAUUUAAAUCUUUUUAUUAAUUAUUAAUCUAAUCAUAUAUAUUAAUAACCUACAGAAUAAUAUUGAAAACCUAAUUCUAAUCGAAAAAUUAUAAAAAUAAUCUAUUACGAUAGUGAAUAA